AAAACUUGUUUCUUAUACUGUUCAAAAAGGUCCACACUUUGCUUUAACAAUUGAAAAACAGGCUCGUGACAUAACUUUUGAAAUGCUUCAAAGUGGUGAGUGGAAAAAGGCCAACUUUAAAAAUUAUAAUUUUGAUGCUCUUGGUAUACCACCACCGGGCGGUCAUUUACAUCCUUUAAUGAAAGUUAGAGAAGAAUUUCGAAAUAUCUUUUUUGAGAUGGG